AUACGACGCGACGCACCGAUGAGUGAAGCUUAAUCAGCGUCCCUUCGGCCGUUCGAAGCAAAUUGAAUCUCCCUCUGCAACGGUCCUUUGCCUUGCCAUGGAAGUUGAAGCACAAUCAGAGUUUCCGUACUGGAAGCCUUUCCAACGGAGGUUCGAUCCUGAUUCUCCCUUCUUCGCCUCUGGAAAUGUCGAGCGCGAAAUCUUGGCCAAACAGGUUGCCUUGGAUUUAACCGAAGAUGAAAAAGUACAGCUUCAAAGUAUGGUAGUUGAUGCUGCCAGGGAAAUAUUUUGCCCAAUUGUUGGUUGUGGUGCGCGCUUGAAAUCUUUGGAUGACUUUGAAGAUCAUUACAAUGCGCGGCAUACUGCCUCUUGUUCAGUAUGCCCAAGAGUUUACCCAACAUCACGCCUACUUAGCCUGCAUGUGUCUGAGGCGCAUGACUCAUUCUUUCAAGCAAAAGUAGCUCGUGGCUAUGCCAUGUAUGAAUGCCUGGUGGAAGGUUGUGGUUUGAAGUUCAAGAGCUAUAAAAGCAGACAGCAGCAUCUAGUGGACAGGCAUAGCUUUUCCGCUUCAUUUGAAUUCUUUAAGAAAGCUCACCCUUCUAAGAAACAGAGACAGAAAUCACAUCGUAAACAAGUAAUUCAAGAAAGGCAAGAAACUUCCAAAAUGGAUGUCGAGAGUGAAACUAUAGAUAGCCUCAUCUCGGGAGUAUCUAAACUAAGUACUUCUGACUCAACUCCUUCAUCAAUCAGCUUUGGCCGCAGGCACACUCGAGGCUUAACAUUUGUUCCUCGGGCAGUUCAGCGUGAAAAAGUGUCCGACUCCAAAACAGCUGGAACAAAGAGAGAAAAUUUCUGCAUCUAGACCAAGUAAGGAUAUAGUACUGUGUGUCAUUUCCAGCACAUCUGCUUCCUGACUUUUGCUGCAUAUUUUGAUUGAUGGUUCUCAAGGAUAUCUGGUACUGCAGCAUUCCGGAGUAGGGUUCAUAGUUCUUUUGUAGUUGGGAUGAAAUUUGAGAUCAUAUGCAAAAAAUGAUGUGCAGAAUGUUGCGUUUGCAAUGCACUGUCUUAGUGGAGAAAAUCAAUGUUAAUUGAAAUGGAUGGAUAUUACAAUGUUGAUACUCUAAGAUAACAUUUUUAUCUUGUUGCUAUGUACUUCCAAUAGAUUGUCCUAAUCAUGAAGGAAAUAUUGUUAACAGAAAAAAAAAAGGAUGCGUUUUUCACUUUGUUA